GUGUAUUUCUUGCAGUUGCCAUGUUAUUGAAAUUACAUGGCAUGAACAAUCCUUGCACUGUUCAGGGCAGUGAGUUUGAACUCGCAGUAAGGUUUAGGAGGUUUGGAUCAACUGUGCUUUUACCUGAGUUCUGGAGUGCAUGGACUAUUCUUCAGGCUGGGUGGAAUUUAAGGUAGAAAUUAUGGAGAAUUGGAGAGAUCUGGGCAGAUGGGGAUCUGAAACAGAGGGCAGGUCAGAGAGAGAUGGAGCCUCAGAUAGUGAGACUAAACCAGACACUGGGGUUCCUGAAGUUCCUGUUUCUGCUGAUGACACACCAGAGGUUCUCAACAAAGCCCUCUCAGGCCUCUCCUCCCGAUGGAAGAACUGGUGGGUGCGGGGCAUCCUCACUCUGGCCAUGAUCUCCUUCUUUUUCUUCAUUAUUUACCUGGGUCCGAUGGUGCUGAUGAUGAUUGUGAUGUGCGUUCAGAUCAAGUGCUUCCAUGAGAUCAUCACAAUUGGCUACAGUGUGUAUCACUCGUACCACCUGCCCUGGUUCAGAACACUAAGCUGGUACUUCCUGUUGUGUGUGAACUACUUCUUUUAUGGGGAAACGGUGACAGAUUAUUUCUUCACUCUGGUGCAGAGGGAGGAGCCUCUACGCAUCCUCAGCAAAUACCAUCGCUUCAUUUCCUUUGCCUUGUACCUCACAGGGUUCUGCAUGUUUGUUCUGAGCCUGGUGAAGAAGCACUACCGCUUGCAGUUCUACAUGUUCGGUUGGACUCAUGUGACCCUGCUGAUUGUGGUGACUCAGUCUCACUUAAUCAUUCAUAACCUGUUUGAGGGAAUGAUCUGGUUUAUUGUUCCCAUCUCCUGUGUUAUCUGCAAUGAUAUUAUGGCUUAUAUGUUUGGCUUCUUUUUCGGUCGCACCCCUCUCAUCAAGUUAUCUCCUAAGAAGACGUGGGAGGGUUUUAUUGGUGGCUUCUUCUCCACUGUUGUGUUUGGGAUCCUGCUCUCCUAUGUAAUGGCAGGUUACAGCUACUUUGUGUGUCCGGUGGAGUUUAAUAACGACUCCAACAGAUUCACGGUGGACUGUGAGCCAUCUGAGCUCUUCCAGCUUCAGAACUACAGCCUGCCAUCUGUACUGCAGUCAAUCUCUGGCUGGACUACAGUGAAGUUGUACCCAUUCCAGAUCCACAGCAUCGCUCUGUCUGCAUUCGCCUCCAUCAUGGGACCAUUUGGAGGCUUCUUCGCCAGCGGCUUCAAAAGGGCCUUUAAGAUCAAGGACUUUGCCAACACCAUUCCAGGUCAUGGAGGAAUUAUGGACCGCUUUGACUGUCAGUACCUCAUGGCCACAUUUGUAAAUGUUUACAUCGCCAGCUUUAUCAGAGGGCCAAACCCUGCUAAAGUUAUCCAGCAGCUUCUUGCUCUGAGACCAGACCAGCAGCUCCAUAUCUUCAACUCACUCAAGGCCCAUCUGACAGUGAAAGGCCUGCUUCCUGCCCUGGAAGAGGCAGCCUAGCCUGAAGGACCAUCACAGAGAGAGCCCACCGCAGUGGGCAGAGGAUAGAGGGAGGAGAGGGUCAUUACGGAAGCAGAUCCAGACCUGUAUGGAAGUGUAUAGGAAGGAAAACAACAGAAAACUGAACUUAAACCUAGGGUCAUUCCAUUAUUCAAUGUGUUUGAGUGAGUGAGUGAGUGAGUGAGUACAGAUCAGUGUUUUUGCUUGUGUUAUGUUAUUUUUGUGAACGUUUUAUGUUUAUCUCUUACACCACAAAAUAAUAAUAAUUUUAUAUAUAUAUAUAUAUAUAUAUAUAUAUAUAUAUAUAUAUAUAUAUAUAUAUAUAUAAUAUAUAUAUGUAGAGGAUGCUUCAUCUGUGUUACAGUUCUUUGUGAGUUGAGCUGUACAUUUCCACUUGUGUACAGAUGUUCUGUACCUGUAGAGCAGGGGUCGGCAACCUUAUUGUCAUGGAGUGUCAUUUUUUAUUUUCCUGGUCAGUGCAACCCCCCCCAAAAACAAAAAAACUAACAAACAAAAAAAACGUGCAUGUAUGUGAUUUUCUGAAGUUUGGGUCCACUUGCAUUUUUCUAGUUUAAUUGUUCAUUUUUCAUUACAGAUGAUAUUAUCAGCAUAUAGUUUGAGUGAAAAAGUUGUGCAAAACCCGAUGAUUAUGAUAUAAUCAUGAUCCUGCAUGUGAAUUUUAACAGUGCCUGGUGUAAAAACCAGCUUAAGCUGGUAGCUGUGUUUUGGAACAUGGUAGCUGGUUUAAGAUGGUCAUGAGCUGGUCCAAGCCAGCUUGGACCAGCUACCAGCUGGUCAUACUAGCUCAUCUGGUCUUUGGAAGAAAUUAAUUGGUCGACCAGCUUAUGACCAGCUCAUGACCAGCUACCAUGUUCCAAAACACAGCUACCAGCUUAAGCUGGUUUUUCCACUAUUGUGAAAGUGCUUUUAAUAUUUUGUCAUACAUUUUUCAAAAUCACACAGAGGGGUUAUCACUAGCACGCAAGCAACAGUGAGAGAGGAGCAGGCUAUUUUAUUUAUAAGAAGAUUUUCGCACCUGCAUUCCAAUAUACAUCUUAAUGUAAUCCUUCCUCAUGAUCACGCAGUGUGUUUUCAUGAGCUGAAUGGGAGACUAAACACUAUUAAAGUGUGAAGAGACUCGUGCUGCGCGUGCAAGCCAUUUGCCAACACAUGCCAACUAUUUAGCUCUUUUCGGUGAAUCACACCUGCAAAAUCCUAAAACUUUAUUUCCAGGUUUAAUGUAUAUUUUUAAUAUACAUGUUGGGUAUACUGCAGUCUUGUCACAUUUUCUCGUGAAAACACGCUGUGUGAUCAUGUGAAAGGAUUACAUCAAGAUGCACAUUGAAAAAUAGUCUGUAUUAAAAUAGUUUACUCUCUCGCCGUUGCUGGCGUACCAGUGAUUACCCCUCCGCCUGCCAAUGCUGGCACGCAUGCCAUAGGUUGCCGACCCCUGCUAUAGAGUGUCUGAAUGUUUUAUAAUAGUGUUUAUGGUUUAUUGUAUUUUAUGUUGUUUUAAUGCACUGCUAAUCACACUGUCAUUUCAACUUCAGGCUAGCCUUUCUUUGUUUCUUUUUUCAAAUGUUUCCAUAAGGCAUCGUUCAUUGAAAGAUUGGAUUUUCACCACAGAGCGCUCACAAAUUUAGUGUGGAUUCAUAUUAUAUUCCAUGAGUCUUGGUUGUGACCUGUUUGUAAUAUUUUUUUUAAUCAAAGAGGAAUUUGGUCAUUGAUACUAAAUGUGCGCUUUAACUCAAUAGGUGGUGACUGUUACAGUUCGGCUCUCUGAGACUGUUGGUAUUCUAAAGGCAAUUGGGUAAGAAGAGGAAGCAGAUUUCAUAUUCAGUGCAUGAGAGGGAUGUUCAGGCAUUGUCUGUCUUUGAAUUGAUAUGUGCCCCUCUCUGUGGCUUUGGAUCAGUUUCUGUUUGAAGUUACACAGAAACAGCCCUCUAAGAGAAAGGGACAGAAGGAUCUUUUAUAAUUAGUUGUUACAAGUUACAAAAGUUUGAAGUUAGUGUCAUAUAAACUUGAUUUCAUACUGAAUGUUAAGCUUCUUCGUCAUCAUAUUUCAUGUUUAGGGGUAUAACACCUCAUUUUUAUUCAUUGAUAGUUUUAUUUGAAUGUUCUUUUUGACACUGAUCGGUUACAACCUAAUCUUAAUCAAGCCUAAAAUAUAUUUCCUUGGUGGGGUUUGCUUUGGCUUUGUGACCUGUUACAUGCUAAAUAUGAUUUAUCUUAAAGGCUCAGGCUGGGGUAUCAUAAAUAUAAGUGAUUGGUUUGGUUUUGGGCGAUUUUUAAAUAAGCGUACAAAUGCUUCUUUUGUACCAUCUUCACUGUACAAGACCAAGUCUUCCUCUCAGUUAAUUUUAUAGUUUUGUUCCAUCAUUCCAUCUUCUUUGUUUUUACCAUUGUCUGUUGUACAACAUGCUCAAUCCAAUAAUAGAACCGAAUUAGAACUAUGAUCUACACAUGUGCCAUGUCAUCAUGAACCUGGAGGAAAACUGUUUAUAUCGAGUAAAGGAAAUUAAUCGCAUUAGAAUAACUUUGCCUGUAUGAAGUUCUUGAGUAUCAGAUGGGCUGAUUCUCUGGUUAGUCUCUAAGCCUCAGUUUGUAUUUACGGUCCACUGCCAUUCGCCAAUAAAGAUCCAUGAGCACAUAAAAGCUGUCUGAUUAGUUGUGCUUUCAGACCAGUGUUUAUAAAUUGAAAAAUAAGAUGAUCUGUGAGGGGUUUUUAAAGAUGGUAAUGGAUUAUUUCAAAAUGGUUUUUGUUCCAUAUGGUCACAGGCCGUGAAAGACAAAAGGCAGCUUAUUACCUGAGUUUCCUGUGAUAGUUACUUUACGUGUUUCAUCUUCCAAAAUUAAUCCACUGCUAUUUACCAUGGACAUCUCAUUUUUCUUUAAUUUUUUUUCCGUUUCCUUUACUGCAUGAUCUUUCAUGGUCAGCUCAAGCCAUACCUUGAAGGGAUGCUUCAUCCAAAAAUGUUGUCAUUCUCAUUUUGUUCCAAACCUCUUUCUUUUUGUGGAACACAACUUAUAUUAGACAAAAUGUUAGCCUCAGUCACCAUUCACUGUCAUGCAAGUUUGAAUUUUUUCAUCUUUUUAUAUCAUUUGAAAAAGCUAAACAAUAACACACUAAAGUUGUGAUCUUCAAUGUUAAGUGGUGCUGGCUUUUUCUCUCGCUUGCUUUGCUUUUUUACUGUUCUAAGAUAUUUUAUUCAUUCUUUUAUGCUACUGUACCUUGUCAGUUCAGUUCCAUGACCCAAUUUUAUUGACAGAAUUGCAAACCUUAUAUUAUUAAAGAUUAUAUAGUACAUACCAGUGGUUCUCAACCUUUUUGACUCCAAGGCCCCCCCACUGUCCAAGACAAUAUUUGAAGGCCCCCUCGCCUAAAACUAGACGUGUCUGGUUAAAAUAAUUAAUCAUGGAUCAUUUUUGAUUCUAGAAGUUUCAGAAAGAGUCCAUAAUUUGUGGACAUACAUCUUAAAGUAUUUUUAGCAUUUUAAUUAAGUUGGAUUAUUUUAAUAUUUCUUCUUUUAAAUACAUUUUAAGUCACCUUGAGGCCCCCUUGGAAGUGUGCUGAGGCCCCCUAGUGGGUCCCGGCCCCCUGGUUGAGAACCACUGGUAUAUACUGUAUAUGUUUGAAGUAGAUUAUUCUAUUAUACCUUAUUAUUAUUGUUGUGUUUGGCUACUGUUUUGAAUCAUCCUCUAAGCCAUUCUGUACUCUGUGUAUGUGUAGGCCCCUGUGCUGAAACAUUAGCAUACAAAGUCCAGACACAAAAUAACAGAGCAAUGUAAAUGUUUUAUAGCCACCAGAGAGAAAAAGAGAGGAUAGUCAUGUUGCUGGGCAACCACUGAUGUCAGAAGAACGGGCUGAAAUAUCUGCUUUUGAGUGUGGGUGACCAUAAAGACAACAUUUUAAAGAGCCAAAUGUGUCCAAGUCUUCAAUAUAUGUUUAAAGAUUUGGCUCAUCUUGUUGCUGUAAUUGAAUUUCAGUGAUUGAAGUAGCUUGUGUAAACUAGCCAAUCAGAUCUCAGACUCAUGUACAUGCCAUGUAUUGCCACCAGAGAGGGCUAAAGCAUUGCUAUCUCUGGUACUAGCUAGAUGAGACCAUUAUACUUUUGUUCGUUGUAAAGUGGUUUGUAUGUUGUUGUUUUUUUUUUACUUUGUCUGAUUUGACCUCAACAUUUUCGUCCUUCUUUGAAGCAAUGUUCAUGUAAUGGUGUAACCAGUGCUUGUCAAGAGCUCUUGAAGUGAGAAACUGCAGUGCAGUGCAGUUGUACUCUCUGCUUUUCAGAGUUUGUUCAGUACCACUUAAGUAAAAAAUAGAAACACGUUUCCCCCACUCAAAAGUGUUGAGCCCUUUUGGUUUGCCAUUAAGAAGAAAAAACUCUUCUCUGCUGAACAAAUUAUAUAUAUAUAUAUAUAUAUAUAUAUAUAUAUAUAUAUAUAUAUAUAUAUAUAUAUAUUUUUUUUUGUCAACAAGUGUUAUGGUCUGUAUUUAUGUUGCAUAUUGUUUUGUAAUUUUGAUAAAGCAGAUAAAUGUGAUUUCCCUGCAGCUUUGUGUACAGUGAUUUGCUCAUUUGUAAAUGGUUAAUAAAGAGGAAAGCUUAAUA